AUGGCGGCUCUGACUGUUCCCGCCAUACCUGCCCCCGGCAUGGGCACUGCGUUGGAUCACCUCACUUCCCAGCCGAUAAACUCCCGUCGCCCAGCAGCCCCGACGCUGCCCAGCUUUGAAUUACCGCCGCCGCCAUUUGGGUUGACGGGCACGGCGGCUCCCAAAUAUCAAACCCAGCACUCCAAUCAUCCGCCCCUAUCGCAUGCCCCGGCGAAUGUGAGCGUGGGGAACCUGUUGACGCCUCCCGCGACGAAUCAAUCGGGGGAAACGGGGACCAACUCUCACUCCUUGCCGCCCUCAUCGGGCGUUUCCUCGGAUAUGCCCCCGGCGUAUUGGCCUGGCACCACUCCGUACGGAGCCCCAGGAGCCGGGCCAGGUCAAUGGGUCUCGGGGCACAAUGCGGCUUAUUCUGGACGCAGCUCCUUCUCGCCAUCGGGUGUGACUCGUUCCGGCCCAGUGACUUCGCCUCCCACGACAGACGGACUGUCUCAGCCCUAUGAGGCGCCUCCAAUGGCGUCCUUCUCGCAAGCCCUACCCGCGCCCACCACUCUUGCCCCUGGACCGCAUUCCGUCACCAUGGGUCUCUAUCACUCCGGUCACACCGCAUCGACCGCAUCUCUGCCAUCGAAUGACCCCUACAACCAGAAAAUGCACUCCCUCUACGCCAAUCCCAGCCAUCAACCCGGAUUUUCUCCCAUCUACGCAGGGCCCAAUCCCCCUCGGGGGCCAUGGAGGCCUUGGCAUGCACCCCGGCCCUGGCCGUCGUAUUCUCUCCCCGCCAUGUCAGGUCCUAUCAUGACCAACGUCCACAGCCCGAACAGUCCCAUGUCGAUGAUGGGAGGAAUGCAAUCGGGGAUCCUGCCUGGUUUCAAUAGUGGACAUAUCGCCAACACCCAGCAUCUCUACGGUGCGCACCCCGCAGCGCACCAUCUUCCUGGUCCAACCGCCGACCGACCCUUCAAGUGUGAUCAAUGCCCCCAGAGCUUCAACCGUAACCAUGACCUGAAGCGUCAUAAGCGGAUUCAUCUGGCCGUGAAGCCUUUCCCUUGCGCCCAUUGUGAUAAGAGCUUCUCGCGCAAGGACGCAUUGAAGCGACACAUCCUGGUGAAAGGCUGCGGCAAAGAUGGUGAUUCGGACGCGGUUAGCAAUCAGACUGGCACGGAUGGCACUCUGAAAAACGACGGCCGAAGUGAAGACGGCAGCCCCGUGAUCAAUGGGCGUAACUAG